CAUCGAAAGCCGCCGCACCAGGGACCAACAGCACGGGCACUGGUAAAGGCAUCGGCAAAGGCACAGCAACACCGUUGGCGCUCCGGUCGCCGUCGCCGUCUACUGCCCCGUCCGCAUCCAUUCUCGACCAUCGCCGCAUGAGCGAUCUUGCCAAUUACCGUCGCGACCUCGCCGUCCUGGAUCCCUCUGGCGGUCGUGUCCCACAGAUCCAGAAGGACCCCCCCACUGGUGGCCCAACACCGAACCAGAUCCCACCCUGGAUGUCGUCGUCGGGCAACGGCGGCGCCAGUGUAAAUGCGCGAUCAAGCUCCAUGUCCUUUGGUACCAGCUUCUAUAAUGACUCGAGCGACAACCUCUCCAUAGUCUCCCAGCUGUCGCCCGCCUUCCGAUCUGGCGCAUCGCGCGUCGUGCAGACGCCCGGCAGCACGACCGAUUCUCAGCUUGAUGCUGCAUACUUCAAUGACGAGAGGCGGCCGUCAUUAGCAAGCAUCACGACAGCUAGUAGUCAGGGGUCUAAGAAUAGCGGGAACAGAGGUGGCUUCAAGAAAUUGCAGGGUUUCUUCGGUGAGGAGUUCCCCGGUCGCGAUGGGUCCGAGUCGAGCCUUCCAACUGGUGUCCCCGCUAAGGAGCAGCGCUCCUACUCUUUCAACCGCUCAAGAAACUACUCCAAUGCCACCGACAACACAAGGGACGCGUCGCCCUCCUCGUCCCGCCCCCGAACUCCCGUGCCUUCGAGCGAUGUAGUGCCAUUUUUAUACCAGGAAGCCAAUGACAUCGCCAAAUACGGCGAAGCCCCGGUUCGCGAUAUUCUCAGCGGUCCAGACCGCGAGCGGUACCAAGAGAACGCGUCGUCGCAGAUCCCCCCCAAGACGUCUUCUUCUUCGAGGUCCGCUCAUUCCAUGGUUCACCUCCCGGGCCACCACCAUCGACACAACAAAAGCAACGAAGACUCAAAAUCGCUGAGGCCUGUUGUCAGUCGAGAAGAGUCCGCGACGAGUGCACAUUAUAAAGAUCACAGAGGCUCCAUGGCUACUGCGUCGAGGACCCGGACCCAGAGCCCGACUCCCAGUUCGAACAGCACUGGCAGGCUAGGCUCGGGCGAUGGCCAAACCUCUCCAAAUGGCGCCAGUCAAGGGAAGCGAGGCAUUCUUGACCGCUUGCGCCGGCAUAAACACAAGGAGGAAGCACCUUCUUCUCGACUCAGAGACAUGCCCACGUCGACUCGAUCCCUCACACAAGCUCCAGGUCCUUCCCGCCAAGAACUGACAAGAGAAAACUACAACUAUAACAAACCCUUGCCUCCCAUAGAUCACCCCGACUUUCAAGGCCCACGACCCAAUCAGCCGCGGCAGGCUACAUUCAACAAUAAAUUCCCAUUUUCCAAAAAGGGACGAUCAAUGAGGCCCGAGGAUGAAGACUACAUCGGCCCCACCGACAGGAAUGAUAGCGGCAGGGUCUUUCACCUGGACACCGAUCUCAGCGAUAUGGAAGGUAUCCUCUCGCAUCCACCACCUUUGACGCCUAUGGACCCUGGCCUAUUUAAGGCGAACGACUUCGAACGGCUUCCCGAAAUAGACAGAUCUCGCAUUGGUGGCGCAUGGAAUGCACCAGAUAGCUGGGCUGUUCGUAAAAAUGCCGAAGAGCAAGCCGCCCACGCCAACCAGAUGGAUGAUUCUGUCACCCUGCCCCGGCCGGAAGAGAAAAAGGCAGCACACUGUAUUCGGGUAUUCCGGGCCGAUGGAACAUUUGCCACAAUCCAGUUGCCUCUUGAUUCUACCGUAGCCGAUGUCAUGUCUCAUGUCGUUAAGAAGACCUAUGUGCAGGAUGGCCUGGAAAACUAUCACAUCGUCUUGAAGAAGCAUGACUUGGCGCGGGUUCUACCAGCCGUCGAGCGCCCGUUGCUGAUUCAGAAGAGGCUAUUACAACAAGUGGGCUACGAGGACAAGGACCGUCUCGAAGAUAUCGGCCGAGAAGACAAUAGCUAUCUGUGCCGAUUCUUGUUCUUGUCGGCGAGGGAUAGCGACUUCACGGCCGUGCCUGAUAAUCUCGGGAUUGGCAGAACCACCAAGUUCAACCAUGUCGACCUGUCAGGCCGCAACCUAGUGACGAUACCUAUCAACCUAUAUUCCAAAACGAGCGACAUCAUAUCUCUCAACCUCUCCCGCAACCUAUCUCUCGACCUUCCUAGAGAUUUCAUUACAUCAUGCCCCCAGUUGAGAGACAUCAAGUUCGCCAACAACGAGGCACGGAAGCUGCCCAUCAGCAUUGGAAGAGCUAGCCGCCUAACGUAUCUUGACGUGUCCAACAAUCGCCUAGAAGAGCUAGAGCAUGCUGAAUUAUCAGGCCUGACCGGGCUACUGAAGCUAAAUCUAGCCAACAAUCGUCUCAUUGGUCUUCCCGAGUGUUUUGGCGGCUUCAAAGCAUUGCGGUCGCUCAACCUAUCGUCCAAUUUCCUCGACAAGUUUCCACCAUUUCUCUGCAUGCUUGACAGCUUGGUUGACAUUGAUGUCAGCUUCAAUUCCAUUGCCACCCUCCCAGACGAUAUUGGGAUGAUGAGAAACUUGGAGAAGUUUGUCAUGACCAACAACAGACUUGCAGGUACUCUACCGUCAACUUUCGGUAACCUUUCGAAUGUUCGCGAACUCGAUCUGAAGUUCAAUGCCCUGACCGCUAUCGACGUGGUCUCCGCACUGCCAAAGCUAGAAAUACUAUCUGCCGACCACAAUAUGAUCUCACAGUUCAUUGGCAGCUUUGAGCGUGUCCGAAGCUUGAAGUUGAACUCGAACCCCAUCACCAAGUUUGAUAUUAUUAGCCCUGUGCCAACCUUGAAAGUGUUGAAUCUGUCGAAUGCGCAACUAGCGAGCAUUGACGGGUCAUUCAACAACAUGAUGAACCUUGAGCGGCUUGUCCUUGACCGCAACUACUUCGUGUCGCUACCCAACCAAAUCGGUAACCUGCGGAAGCUUGAGCACUUCAGCAUAGCCAGCAAUUCGGUGGGCGAGAUACCUCCUGAAAUUGGUUGCUUGACUGAGUUGAGAGUACUUGAUGUGAGGGGAAAUAAUAUCAGGAAGCUACCGAUGGAAUUGUGGUGGGCAAAUAAGUUGGAGACGCUGAACGCCUCCUCCAACGUUCUUGAUGUGUUUCCCAAACCCGCCUCACGUCCGCCUCAGGCACCCGGAGAAUCCUCGAACUCUGCUGGAGCUAAUGGCAAGCAGAACUCUGGUCUUCUAUCACAACCCUCCAGUACCGAAGACCUCAUGCCCGAUGGAUCAAGACGACCAAGUCAAGCAUCCAGUACCCUGUUGAGUGUGGGGCCUUCUCCAGUCCCUGCCGGCCCAGACCGGAAGAGCUCGGUUGUCUCCGUCUACGGGAAGGGUGGCCGCAAGACUUCUGUUAUGUCCAGGAGCACGGCCCAGAGCCCUAGCGGCACCAUUGCGCCUUCCAUCUCUUCUAGGAAAGAUUCCGGUUUGUCUGGUAGACUGACAAACACCUUUGCUGGUUCGCUCCGCAAUCUAUAUCUUGCCGAUAAUCAGCUUGACGAUGAUGUAUUUGAGUACAUCACACUGCUGGGAGAGUUGCGAAUCCUCAACUUGUCGUAUAACGAUAUAAGUGACAUGCCUCAACGAUCUAUCAAGAGCUGGCCUCAGCUUGUUGAGUUAUACCUCUCAGGCAAUGAUUUGACCAGUCUGCCUGCGGAUGAUCUCGAGGAGUACAGCUUGUUACAAGUUCUCCACAUUAAUGGCAACAAAUUCACAAAUCUCCCAGCGGACAUCUCGAGGGCCAAGAAGCUUGCUGUUCUGGACUGUGGAAACAACUCUUUAAAAUACAACAUUUCCAACGUCCCGUACGAUUGGAACUGGAAUCUGAACCCCAACCUUCGGUAUCUCAACCUGUCUGGAAACAAGCGCUUGGAGAUAAAGCAAACUACCUUUGGGCCAAGUCCCUCAAAUCGGGAGCAGUACACAGACUUCAGCCGCCUGCAAAACCUACGCGUUCUGGGCUUGAUGGACGUCACGCUCACACAGCCAAGCAUCCCAGAUCAGAGCGAGGAUCGGCGUGUCCGAACUUCAGGCUCCUUGGCAGGGCACCUUCCUUACGGAAUGGCUGAUACGAUGGGCAAGAACGAACACUUGUCUACUAUUGAUCUGGUGGUUCCAAGGUUCAAUUCGUCGGAUUCGGAGACUCUCCUGGGACUGUUUGAUGGUCAAGCGCUCAGUAGUGGUGGCUCUAAGAUCGCCAAAUACCUUCAUGAGAACUUUGGUCAUAUCUUUGCCAUGGAGCUGAAAGCUCUCAAGACGCGGCAAUGCGAAACACCCACGGAUGCUCUCCGGAGAGCAUUCUUGAGUUUGAACAAGGACCUCGUCACGAUCGCCUACCAGCACACGGAAGAGAGACCGUCGGGCUCUCAUCGUGGGUCGGCAGCUCCUUUAGUCCUCAGCAAGGAGGAUCUGAACUCCGGUGGUGUUGCCACCGUUGUAUACCUCCAGGGACAGGAGCUUUACGUAGCCAAUGUCGGUGAUGCUCAAGCGAUGCUCAUUCAGUCAGACGGCACACACAAGAUGCUAACGCGCAAGCAUGACCCCGCCGAACCGGCUGAACGUCAACGAAUCCGGGAUGCUGGAGGUUGGGUCUCUCGUCAAGGACGACUGAACGAUCUCCUAGAGGUAUCGCGGGCAUUUGGCUAUGUGGACUUGAUGCCGUCUGUGCAAGCUGCGCCGCACGUUACUCAGAUGACGGUGUCGCCUCAAGACGAGACGAUCCUCAUUGCAACGAAGGAACUAUGGGAGUACUUGACUCCUGGCCUCGUAGUAGACGUUGCGCGUUCCGAGCGCGGCGAUCUCAUGCGUGCAUCGCAAAAGCUACGAGAUCUUGCCAUGGCCUACGGCUCGACCGCCAAGAUCAUGAUUAUGAUGAUCAGCAUCACUGACCUCAAACGUCGGCAAGAACGGUCUGCACGACUGCAUAGGGGUCAGAGCAUGUCGCUGUAUCCAUCAGGUAUCCCAGACGACUUCCAGUACCCGGCCAAGAGAGGGAAACGAGCCAAAGCCGAAGUUCAAGACUCAACCCUACAUCGACUCGAAGCCGAGGUCCCUGCCCCUACGGACAAGCCAUCGAUUGUGUUUACUGAUAUCAAGAACUCCACAAACCUCUGGGAAAUGUAUCCUUCUGCAAUGCGGUCAGCUAUCAAGCUUCACAACGAAGUGAUGCGUCGACAGCUUCGCAGAAUCGGCGGUUACGAAGUCAAGACAGAAGGUGACGCUUUCAUGGUGUCCUUCCCUACGGCAACUUCAGCGCUGCUGUGGUGUUUCUCUGUUCAAACACAGCUUCUCGAGGUCAACUGGCCUCCGGAGGUUCUCAACUCGAUGUCAUGUCAGGAAGUCUUCGAUAAGGACAACAACCUUAUCUUCAAGGGUCUGUCCGUGAGAAUGGGUAUUCAUUACGGUGAGCCCGUCGCCGAGAUAGACCCCGUAACCCGUCGUAUGGAUUACUUUGGCCCUAUGGUCAACAAGGCGUCCCGUAUCUCUGCCGUGGCCGAUGGUGGUCAGAUCACAGUCUCUGCCGACUUUAUCUCCGAAAUUCAGCGAUGCCUCGAAACAUAUCAGGAGAGCGAGCGCACUAUUUCGACGGGAUCGGAGGAGGGGUUCGAUGAUGACUCUGCUGCGAGUGCGAUACGUAAGGAACUCAAAUCACUAAGUUCCCAAGGAUUCGAGGUAAAGGAGAUGGGCGAGAAAAAACUCAAGGGCCUCGAAAACCCCGAAUUCAUCUAUUCGCUAUACCCUCACUCACUUGCCGGUCGUAUUGAGCACCACAACCAAGACACUCGGGGGACUGAGCUUAUGAACAAGCCAGCCACCCUCCAGGCCGGCAGUGAACUCGGCUUCGAACCCGAGAUGAUCUGGUCACUAUGGAAAGUCAGUCUGCGAUUGGAAAUGCUCUGUAGCACCUUGGAAGAGAUUUCUGGCAGAGGCCUGCAGCCUCCAGAGACGGAACUUCUGGAAAGGAUAAAACAACGCGGCGGUGAAGUCACGGAACGGUUCCUUUUCAACUUUAUGGAGCACCAAGUGAGCCGUAUCGAGACAUGUAUCACCACUUUAUCUUUACGACACCUGGUGGCUGGGGGCGGCCACAUUGCUCAACUGGACGAUCUGAGAACUCCCAUGCCGGUGGUUCUCAAUGAUCUUGCAAAACAGUUGAAACUUCUCGCACAAUACAAGGCCAAAUUUGGCCCGCUGAGCGACGAAGAAGACGAGGGGAGCGAUACGGAACAGGAAUAAUUACUACAUUCCGACUGCCGAAUCCCAAAUACUACGUCCUUGACUACCAGAUAUACUAUAUCCUUUCAUUACUACCUACACUCGCAG